AUGGAUCAAAGGAGAAGAAAAAGGAAAAAUCCAGAACCAGAAUAUUUGACAAAUGUUUUUAAUGGUGUGCUUGCAAUUUUAAAGUCCUACCCACCUGAAAAAUUCCCUAAUGAUGCUUUUACAAUUAACUAUAUUGCUGAAAUACAUAGAUCAAGUCCAGUACAAGUUGACUAUUGUCAUCCCGGUGACAUAUUGCCUACACCUAAACUUUCAUUUAAACGAUAUGAGAAAUUAAUUAGUUUAAUGGCAAAAGAAGUUAAGACUCAAAUUGGAAUAGAACUUAUUAUGCAUGCAGAUAUUUUUUCAAUAUCUAUUGAUUCUUUGCCAGACGCUGAUGAAUCAGCAAUUUUUAUUCGGUAUGUUAAUGAUGAUGGUAUACCAGAAAAACGUUUUCUGGAUACUAUAAAUAAAAGAGCAGAUAAUGCUUCACAGAUAAUGGAUAUACUCCAUAUGGUACUUGACAAAUAUAAUUUAAACCAUAAUGGUUUUAUGGGAUUAUCAUAUGAUAUUGAUAGUAACUUACCUAGACAAAUUUCUGAUUUAAAGUCUAGUCUAAAAGUAAUUAACAAAUUUGCUGAAAUUAUACCAUGUUCAUCGGAUUCUUUAAGUUCAGUUAUGGCUAAGGCAGCAUCUACUAUCUAUGAAGGCAAUACAUUUCUUACAACAAUUGAUGAACUAUUUAACUUUUUAUUGACUUUUAAAUAUCAGUGGGAUCAAAUACAAUUUUUAUUGACAAAUCUGUCUGAUAUUCAAAAUUUAACAAAUAAAAAAAUGCGUCGAUAUCUUAAUAGAAAUUGGUCAAAAAUUGUAAAUGCAUUGUUUCAAAUAUCUGAAAACCUGUGUUUUCAUGAAAAAGUUCGUAUCCAAGCUUAUGUACUUUUGGUGAAGGUUAAACGAUUGGAAACAUGUAUCUUAACAAUGUUUUGGGAAGAUAUUACGGAACAGUUUUCAAGACUUGAAGAUAAGUUACAUUUUCAUGUGUCUAAUGAAAUUGAUUACUAUGAGAUUUUAGAGAUUUAUCAAUUAUUAAUAAGCCAUUUAGAUAAUUAUCGAACCGAUGAGAAGUUUAUGUAUUAUAAGACUCGUGCAUUUCAAAAAUCUAAAAUUCUACAUUUCAAUAAUCAGAAUUAUAUGGAAGAAACACAAAUGAGAUUUCCUGUUAAUUAUAUAAAUGAUGCUGAUAAAUUUAAAAUCAACGCUUACUUUUCAAUAAUAGAUCAAAUACAAUCUGAAUUUAAUAAUAGAAAAAUUAUUUAUGAAGAUUUAGCGUUGAAAUUUAACUUUUUGAAUAAAAUCCCAGAAUUAACAAGCUCUGAAUUAAUUGAGAAACAUGAAAAUCUACGACAAAUAUACGAUGAUCUAACAUUCCACAUUGAUGCCGAAUGUAUGGACUUAAAAUACCUUUUUGUAAAACAUUUGUCAAGAAAUAAUGAUUAUCCAAGUUCUAUUAAAGGAGUUAGUACUUUUAUAAGACAAAACGGAUUUAAGGAACAUUUUUCACAACUUUUAAAAGUAAUAAAAAUGGCACUAUGCAUUCCAGCUACCAAUUGUCCUGUUCAACAAUCUUUAUCAAUAUUGAAAAAAGUUAAAACUUCCUUGGGAUCAAUAACGAAUGAAGACACCUAUAAAUCAUUAUUACUUAUAAAUAUGGAAUGGAAAUUUUUUACAUCAUUGGACUUUGAUCCUGUUAUUGAAGACUAUGCUCUCACCUUUGAAAGAGAAUAA